AUGGUCGUCAAACUAUUCGUCUACGCUGCCGUUGCAGUAGGGUUGACAUAUCUAGUCCUCAUAUUCCCAAGGCUUCAGCAAGAAUACAAACUUUGGUCGCAUCGCUCUCAACUUCCCCCCGGUCCAAAGACGAUCCGAACAGGUAUCCGAAAACCAUGGCUCUGGUUCCAAGAACUCAGUCAACAAUACGGAGAUGUAGUUUACCUUCAGCUCGGCCCCACACCGACUAUCAUUCUCGGUUCCGCACAAGCAGCAUGGGAUCUACUAGAGAAGCGCGGUGCGGUAUUCUCCUCGCGACCGCGCUUUAUCAUGGGCGGUGAACUACUUUCUGGUGGUAUGAGAGGCCUCAUGGCGCCGUAUUCAUCCUAUUGGAGACGCUGGAGGAAGCUCCUUCACAGUGGCUUCAUGCAGCGACAGAGUGAGACAUAUCGGCCAAUCCAGAGUCUUGAGAGUAAGGUUUUAAUGCAUGAGCUUUUGAAGAGCCCUCAUGAUUUUAGGACACAUUUGGAAAGAUAUGCUGCAAGUGUCAUCGUUACAGUUACUUAUGGUAGGAGAGUUGAGGAUGUGAGGAGUGAUAUUGUGGUUAAGCGAAAUGGAGAAGCCAUGGAGCGUCUGACAAUGGUCAACAUCCCUGGAAAGUAUGCUGUCGAACGUUAUCCCGCCCUCAAGUACAUACCCAGCUUUCUCGCUCCUUGGAAGAAACAAGUGCUGCAGCAACGCGAAAAGGACAUCCAACUGUACACGGAGCUCAUGAAUGAAGUUCGGGAAAAGGUGACAAGGGACACAGCACCGACAUGCUUUGCAAAGCACCUUCUAGAAGAACAGCACAAUCUUGGCAUGACAGAUCUUGAAAUUGCUUAUACUGCUGGAUCACCUUUUGGCGCUGGUGUUGAGACUUCCGCUGGAUCACUUGCAAGCUUCCUUCUUGCCUGCGUCAAAUUCGGACCCCAGUUCAUUCCCAAAGCCCAAGAAGAACUUGAUCGUGUGGUUGGAAAUGACAGGCUUCCUACGUUUGACGACUUACCCAAACUCGAGUAUGUCAGAGCCAUUGCAUCCGAGACUCUUCGCUGGAGACCUGUGGCUGUGCUAGGUGGCACACCUCAUGCAAGUACAGCGGAUUAUGUAUACAAGGGCAUGUUCAUUCCGAAAGGAAGCACGAUUAUUGCUCCUCUAUGGACACUUCAUCUAAACGAGGCCGAUUUCCCACAACCUCAUGAGUUCAGACCUGAGAGGUUCAUGGAAGAACGAGACUACCCCGGUACUCUUGGUCAUAGCGCCUUUGGCUGGGGUCGUCGCGUCUGUCCCGGAAUGCACCUCGGCGCUGCGUCAGUGACACUAAACAUUGCGCGUAUUCUCUGGGGCUUCGAGGUCAACCCUGAGAAGGACGAAAAGGGUCGGGAUAUUGAAGUUGAUAUCUUCGCUUAUUCGGAAGGUUUCAACUCGAGCCCGUUGCCAUUUCCUUGUUCAAUCACACCUCGUUCUACGAAUCACACUGAGGUUAUUGAGAGGGAACAUGAGAAUGCGUUAGAUGACUUGGUUGAAUACACUGCCAUUGCGAGUAAGGUGUCUUGA